AUGGAGUCUGGAGUCAACACCACAGGGGAGGUCAUUCCCUACGGAGGAAAGAGUGCCUUUUCACAAUUGGAGCACAACAUAGUGGCGGCAUACCUGAUCACUGCAGGUACAAAUGCACUGCAUAGCAUCCACAACACUGUCAAUCAACGUAAUUAUUUUAGGAUAGGGAAUGUCGUUUUGUCAAUUGUUUGUGUGUUUGUGUGUUUCUCAGAAUUAUUUAUAAGCUACUGUAACUGCUAUGAUCAUUAUUUUGAUGAUAAAACAGCUCCCUCUGUGAUAUAAUUUAGAUGAUGGAUUGUUGAUGUCUUCUUAGAUUGAUUUAUACAGUAAUGUACACUCUUCAUGCCUGACUGAAUAAUAUACAUUUGUAGCGUCUCUCCCUUGGUGUGACAAGUUAUGAGAGAAUUUUAGUCAUAAAAUGUAACACUACUGUUAUAAUCUACAAAAGUGAUUGAGAGUUACUUCAUCAUGAAUUGAUGAUUGCUAUAGCAGUGGUAUCACUGGGGAACCAAAUUUGGUAUUUUUUUUUGCAAAGGUGCAGCAACUUUAUAUGUAGUACUAUGCUGCCCUAUAGAUUCAUCCUCUCUCCCCUCUGUAUGGUAAAUCACCUGACAUGACCUCUGCACUUCAUCAGUGUGUGUGGACCAACGCUGUCUCUUGUCUCUGGGUGCUGUUAGCAUUUCUCAAUGAGGCCCACCCCACACAGUCCUUCUCUUUCAUAAGAGGCAAGUCUAGCUCUGGCACACUCUUACUGCUCAGGCGGCUGAUGUCAUUAUGUAACAAGUAGGCCUACCAAGCAAGUGUGGCCUUUCAAAAUAAGUUUUCCCCAUGAGUUGGCAUUAAUUUACCUUUGAAACAGUCUUGCUCAACUAUUGUUGGGCAAGCUUCACUUGAAUGGCUUCUGUGUCUGUUAUAGCUAGGCCUGAGAUUCUAGUCUGAUUCACCAGAACAGAAGGUGGGUUUCUUUGGGGGGGAAACCAGAAGGGACCAUUUUCAAGAUUAAUAAAGAUGACACCAGAGCCAUUCAAUUGAGUAGGCUGAGUAGGCUAACACCCACUUAUCAGAAACAGGGGUGGAUUGGCCAUCUGGCAAUUCUGGCAGAUGCCAGAUGGGCUGGACCAUUUUUUAGUUGGGUGGGCUGGUCGUGAAGAAUGGAAAAUGAAAAUAGUGCCGCGGCCAGCAGGCCAUGGCCCUGUUAAGAUUUUUUGUAAAAGAUUUUUGCCAAAUUUCUCUGCUAUAAUAAUAUACAAUGAGCCUUUGAAUGAUCGGUUUUCUGAUAGGCUGAGCUGAGGUCACACAAACUCACAUUCAAAGUUAAACACGCCAUUAGCAAAGAGACCAGCUCCGUCAUCAAUUAGACAGCCAAGAUAAUGGAUAAUAAGAAACGGAAAGUUGGUGCCGAUAAACUUAGAAAGAGCACAUUCUACAUUGUCACCUCACUCAAAAUGUCCUAUUGUUGGUUGAAGUGCAUUAUCCUCAUGAUUCCUGUAAUGAAUGUGUCUGCCCUGCCCCUGUGCCUGUUUUGCUGGGGCCUGCUGCUGUGAUGAGCGAGGCACUCUCCUCCCAUGCGCUCGAGAAAAAUGCGUUCUGAUUGUAAAUUAUAACAUAUCUAAAUGCAAUUGCGGGGGAAAAAACGGCUUUGGAAGCUUCUCAACGCUCAAUAUUCAGCUCAAUAGCAACUAUUUCACAACCAAGAUAUUUGAUUUGGCUUUGAGAUAUAGAGCGGCACGCGUGCGCGAAAUGCGCACUGGCUUUUAGGAGGGCAGAGGCCUAUAGGUCUCACAGGUAGUAGCCUACAACUGCAAAGUUUUUUAGGACAUUACAUUUACUGUUGGAUGAAUACAUGGCUACUAGCAGUGGGUAUUAUAUUUAGAGUUAGCAAUCUAGUUCAUGUGUUUUGAGUUUCUACUUCCUCAGCUGUUGAACCCCAAAUUAAUUAGCCUAUGAUUUAAGUUAGUGCACAUAAAGAUGUAUCCAAUUCAUCUCUAUUGAACUAAAAUAAUCUGGAAAUUAUGUAGUCCUAUGUUGACAGUAAAAUAUAGCAACUAUAGUCUAAAUUUCAACCCAAAAUUCAUGACAAUCAAUGGAUAAGGUUGCACAUCAAAAUAUCUUGAUUCAUGCAUUCCUCACUCAUCACUAAGCUAAGGACCCUGGGACAAACACCUCCCUCUUCAACUUCCUGACGGGCUGCCCCCAGGUGGUAAGGGUAGGCAACAACACAUCUGCCACGCUGAUCCUCAACAAGGGGGCCCCUCAGUGGUGCGUGCUCAGUCCCCUCCUGUACUCCCUGUUCACCCACGACUGCGUGGCCAAAGACGACUCCAACACCAUCAUUACGUUUGUUGAUGACACAACAGUGGUAGGCCUGAUCACUGACAACGAUGAGACAGCCUAUAGGGAGGAGGUCAGAGACCUGGCAGUGUGGUGCCAGGACAACAACCUCUCCCUCAAUGUGAGCAAGUCAAAGGAGCUGAUCGUGGACUACAGGAAAAGGCAGGCCAAACAGGCCCCCAUUAACAUCGACAGGGCUGUAGUGGAGCAGGUCGAGAGUUUCAAGUUCCUUGGUGUCCACAUCACCAAUGAACUAUCAUGGUCCAAACACACUAAGACAGUCAUGAAGAGGGCUAGACAAUACAUUUUCCCCCUCAGGAGACAGAAAAGAUUUGGCAUGGGUCCCCAGAUCCUCAAAAAGUUAUACAGCUGCACCAUCGAGAGCAUCCUGACUGGUUGCAUCACCGCCUGAUAUGGCAACUGCUCGGCAUCUGACCAUAAGGUGCUAUAGAGGGUAGUGGGUACGGCCCAGUACAUCACUGGGGCCAAGCUUCCUGCCAUCCAGGACCUACAGCGGGGAGAACAAGUAUUUGAUACACUGCCGAUUUUGCAGGUUUUCCUACUUACAAAGCAUGUAGAGGUCUGUAAUUUCUAUAAUAGGUACACUUCAACUGUGAGAGACGGACUCUAAAACAAAAAUCCAGAAAAUCACAUUGUAUGAUUUUGAAGUAAUUAAUUUGCAUUUUAUUGCAUGACAUAAGUAUUUCAUACAUCAGAAAAGCAGAACUUAAUAUUUGGUACAGAAACCUUUGUUUGCAAUUACAGAGAUCAUACGUUUCCUGUAGGUCUUGACCAGGUUUGCACACACUGCAGCAGGGAUUUUGGCCCACUCCUCCAUACAGACCUUCUCCAGAUGCUUCAGGUUUCGGGGCUGUCGCUGGGCAAUACGGACUUUCAGCUCCCUCCAAAGAUGUUCUAUUGGGUUCAGGUCUGGAGACUGGCUAGGCCACUCCAGGACCUUGAGAUGCUUCUUACGGAGCCACUCCUUAGUUGCCCUGGCUGUGUGUUUCGGGUCAUUGUCAUGCUGGAAGACCCAGCCACAACCCAUCUUCAAUGCUCUUACUGAGGGAAGGAGGUUGUUGGCCAAGAUCUCGCGACAUGGCCCCAUCCAUCCUCCCCUCAAUACGGUGCAGUCGUCCUGUCCCCUUGGCAGAAAAGCAUCCCCAAAGAAUGAUGUUUCCACCUCCAUGCUUCACGGUUGGGAUGGUGUUCUUGGGGUUGUACUCAUCCUUCUUCUUCCUCCAAACACGGCGAGUGGAGUUUAGACCAAAAAUCUCUAUUUUUGUCUCAUCAGACCACAUGACCUUCUCCCAUUCCUCCUCUGGAUCAUCCAGAUGGUCAUUAGCAAACUUCAGACGGGCCUGGACAUGCGCUGGCUUGAGCAGGGGGACCUUGCGUGCGCUGCAGGAUUUUAAUCCAUGACGGCGUAGUGUGUUACUAUUGGUUUUCUUUGAGACUGUGGUCCCAGCUCUCUUCAGGUCAUUGACCAGGUCCUGCCGUGUAGUUCUGGGCUGAUCCCUCACCUUCCUCAUAAUUAUUGAUGCCCCACUAGGUGAGAUCUUGCAUGGAGCCCCAGACCGAGGGUGAUUAACCGUCAUCUUGAACUUCUUCCAUUUUCUAAUAAUUGCGCCAACAAUUGUUGCCUUCUCACCAAGCUGCUUGCCUAUUGUCCUGUAGCCCAUCCCAGCCUUGUGCAGGUCUACAAUUUUAUCCCUGAUGUCCUUACACAGCUCUCUGGUCUUGGCCAUUGUGGAGGUUGGAGUCUGUUUGAUUGAGUGUGUAGACAGGUGUCUUUUAUACAGGUAACGAGUUCAAACAGGUGCAGUUAAUACAGGUAAUGAGUGGAGAACAGGAGGGCUUCUUAAAGAAAACUAACAGGUCUGUGAGAGCCGGAAUUCUUACUGGUUGGUAGGUGAUCAAAUACUUAUGUCAUGCAAUAAAAUGCAAAUUAAUUACUUAAAAAUCAUACAAUGUGAUUUUCUGGAUUUUUGUUUUAGAUUCCGUCUCUCACAGUUGAAGUGUACCUAUGAUAAAAAAUUACCGACCUCUACAUGCUUUGUAAGUAGGAAAACCUGCAAAAUCGGCAGUGUAUCAAAUACUUGUUCUCCCCACUGUAUAUACUAGGCGGUGUCAGAGGAAGGCCCAAAAAAUUGUCAAAGACUCCAGUCACCCAAGUCAUGGACUGUUCUCUCUGCUACGGCACGGCAAGCGGUACCGGAGCGCCAAGUCUAAGACCAAAAGGCUCCUUAACAGCUUCUACCUCCAAGCCAUAAGACUGCUGAACAAUUAAUCAAAUGGCCACCCGGACUAUUUACAUUGACCCGCCCGCCUUUGUUUUUACACUGCAGCUACUCGCUGUUUAUUAUCUAUACAUAGUCACUUUAGCCCUACCUACAUGUACAAAUUACCUCAAUUACCUCGACUAACCUGUGCCCCCGCGCAUUGACUCGGUACCGGUACCCCCUGUACAUAGCUUUGUUAUUUGGUAUUUGGUAUUUUAUUAGGAUCCCCAUUAGCUGUUGCAAAAGCAGCAGCUACUCUUCCUGGGGUCCACACAAAACAUGAAACAUGACGUAAUACAGAACAUUGAUAGACAAGACCAGCUCAAGGACAGAACUACAUACAUAAUUUUUUUUAAAGGCACACAUAGCCUACAUAUCAAUACAUACACACAAACUAUCUAGGUCAAAUAGGGGAGAGGCGUUGUGCCGUGAGGUGUUGCUUUAUCUGUUUUUUGAAACCAGGUUUGCUGUUUAUUUGAGCAAUAUGAGAUGGAACGGAGUUCCAUGCAAUAAUGGCUCUAUAUAAUACUGUACUUUUCUUGAAUUUGUUCUGCAUUUGGGGACUGUUAAAAUACCCCUGGUGGCAUGUCUGGUGGGGUAAGUGUGUGUGUCAGAGCUGUGUGUAAGUUGACUAUGCAAACAAUUUGGGAUUUUCAACACAUUCAUGUUUCUUAUAAAAAUAAGAAGUGAUGCAGUCAGUCUCUCCUCAACUCUUAGCGAAGAGAGACUGGCAUGCAUAGUAUUUAUAUCAGCCCUCUGAUUACAAUGAAGAGCAAGAUGUGCCGCUCUGUUUUGUGCCAGCUGCAGCUUAACUAGGUCUUUCCUUGCAGCACUGGACCACACGACUGGACAAUAAUCAAGGUUAGACAAAACUAGAGCCUGCAGAACUUGCUUUUUUGCAAAAUAGCCUAAGUCGUUAGCUUGGUGGCUCGCCCAGUGAUGUGGGCUGGUUUGGAUAAAAUGCCAGGGCCGAAUUCUUGUCCCAGUCUGGCCCUGAUCAGAAAACACAAAGAUCUGAGUAUUUUCAAGCUUAGGUUUCUCUUCCCCAGGUGUCAUCAGUUUGGCCAGCAACAUUGUAGUACUGGUGAUGUUUGUCAAGUUCAAGGAGCUGCGAAAUGCCACCAACGCCAUUAUCAUCAACCUGGCCUUCACUGACAUUGGAGUGGCCGGCAUAGGCUAUCCCAUGUCUGCUGCCUCUGACCUCCACGGGAGCUGGAAGUUUGGCUACACUGGAUGUCAGGUUGGUGUAAUGUGCGGAGCCCACUGUGUUAGUCAAUGGCACUGUUUGAAUGAACCUGCCAUUUGUAAAACCUGAAGUAAAAAAUAUUUGUACGCUAUGAAAAUGUACGAAGUAAAUUCAGGCAAACUUCAUAUGCUUUAUAUUAACUCUAUAUCACACAGGACAGGAAAAUGGAUUUAUUGUUUGCUGGAUUGGUUUGAACUGCCCCUCAGUGCAACAGUGUUUAACACCUCACGUGGCCAAGCCAGAAAUAGCAUUUCUUAUGACAUUUUCUAGACUUCUCUAAUGAUCUGAGAUUAUGGUGUUUAGGAGGUGCUGUGUGAAAUCAGAAAUUCAGUGCCAUGUGACGCUAAUCUGGGGCUGAAGCCUUGAGCUUGAGAACCACAUAUUGGACAUGAGGUGGGUUGGUGAAAUUGACAAUGGCCUUCUGAUUGGAUAUGCUGACCGAGGCCCAAAUCCAGUCUGUGGUUAUGUCUAGGGCUCCCAAGUUGCAUCUCAAUAGUGUAAACAGACUUCCUCUUAAUCUGCUUUAGGAGAUCUGAAAGACCUGGACAGGAGGAAGUCAAAUCCGUGGGGGUAUCCACUCAAUUUCACCUGUUCUUUGUUUUCAGACCACAUGAAACCAAUGUUUUAAUCCUGCUAAACAGAUUCUGAAAUGAGGGAUGCUGCUGACUGUUUUCCCCUCCAGAUCUAUGCAGCUCUGAACAUCUUCUUUGGGAUGGCCAGUAUUGGACUGCUGACUGUGGUGGCCAUUGACCGCUACCUAACCAUCUGUAGACCUGACAUAGGUAUUUACAAAGUCUUCUAUUACUUUCCAUGGAUGUUUGUAUUUCAUCUGUCUGUAGUCUCUUGCUAGAAGCUACUAUUGGCCUGGUAAAAUAUAGGCUAAUCUCUGUGAACUGACAAGAGCCUACAACAUCUGCAUGACCUCUAAGCCUUUUCCCUGCUUUUCCUACUGUUCUCCAGGGCAGAAGAUGACCACCCGCUCGUACACACUCCUCAUUCUGGCUGCAUGGCUCAACGCAGUCUUUUGGUCCUCCAUGCCUGUGGUGGGUUGGGCCGGCUAUGCCCCUGACCCCACUGGUGCCACCUGCACCAUCAACUGGAGAAACAAUGAUGCGUGAGUUGGGAUGUACUUAAAAUAUAUUUGGUUAAUUUCAAGGAUUAUAUGGCAUGAAGAUAAAAUGAAUAUUAUGUAAUUAAUCAUAUACAGUGACUCUUUUCCAGGGGCUUUGUCUCCUACACCAUGGCAGUGAUCGCUGUGAAUUUCAUCAUCCCUUUGUCAAUGAUGUUCUACUGCUACUAUAGUGUGUCUGUCACCAUGAAGAGAUACAAAGCCAGCAACCGUUUGGACAGCAUUAACAUGGACUGGUCAGACCAGAUGGAUGUGACUAAGGUAAGCCAGUGUUUCUCCAUCCAGUCCUGUGUGUUCACAUGUUUCUUCUUCUAGCACAGUUUUGCCUCUCAAUAUGGACCAUUUUAACCUCACAGUUUGACUGACAGGCAGGAUUCUAGGAUUCUAUGGUUAUAACGAGCAGUAACAAUCUGCAGAAGGGUAUGUACAGUAUAUUAAAUCUACAUGAAUCUUUCUCUCUGAUCUGUCGUUGCUGGCUAGAUGUCGAUAGUGAUGAUUGUCAUGUUCCUGGUGGCGUGGUCACCAUAUUCCAUAGUGUGCCUAUGGGCAUCCUUUGGGGACCCCAAAAAGAUUCCUGCCCCCAUGGCUAUCAUCGGUCCUCUCUUUGCCAAGUCCUCCACCUUCUACAACCCCUGCAUCUACGUUAUUGCCAACAAAAAGUAAGCUUUCGCCCCUUCCUCUUGUUGAUCCCACUUUAUAAUAAGUGACCAUAAUACCUAUGUGUAUUUAAAGUAUAAUUACAGUAAAGGUACACACUGUAUAGUAGUUACAACCUAUUAACGUCCUUGUGGACUUUUUAUUCAGGUUCAGAAGAGCGAUCACAGGAAUGCUCCGAUGUCAAACCCGACAACGGAUCACCAUCAACAACCAGGUUCCCAUGACGAUUUCCCAGCUCCCUUUGACCCAAUAAGGGAGGAUUACUAGAUGUUACAUUCUACAAUGAUUUUUUCCCCCCAAACUCUCUGAUUACACUUGUCAUUGAGUAUACUGUUAGAGGAUGGGAUACGUGUAAGCAAGUUUAAAAGAUCCUACCCUACCAAGCUUUCUAGACCCUACCAGUGUUCAUGAGAGAACAGGAAAAUACUAAAUUCAAGAGUACUGAGGUACAGCCCAAGUCACCCAUUAUUUAUAGGGACCUCAAAAUAUACGAAAGUCAUUUUAUGUAAUUAGAGACACAUUAGACGCCAUCAACCUUACAUCUUGCCCUA